AUGGCCCAGCCCGGGUCUCUCCGCACCGAAGCCUCCUGCUCGCUGUGCCUCGGCCUCUUCCAGGACCCCGUGUCCAUCCACUGCGGCCACAACUUCUGCCGGGGCUGCAUCGAGCGCUGCUGGGCGAGCUCCCGGGAGAGCUUCCCGUGCCCGCGGUGCCGGGAGACGGCCCCGGAGCGCAGCCUGAGGCCCAACCGGGAGCUGGCGGCGAUCAUCCGCAUCGCGCAGCGCCUCAGCCUCAGGGGGGCGGCCGGGGGGCGGCUGUGCCCGGCGCACGGAGAGGCUCUGAAGUUGUUCUGCGAGGAGGAGCAGAGCCCCGUGUGCCGCGUGUGCCGCCAGGGCCCCGAGCACCGGCUGCACGCCGCCGUGCCCAUCGAGGAAGCGGCGCAGGAGCACCAGGAGAAGCUCCAGGCUCACGCGCAGAUCCUCAGGGACAGGAGGGAGAAGAUGCUGGGGCUGAAGGCGGCGGAGGAAGGAAAAAGCUUGGACUUGCUGGAGCGGGUGGACGCGGAGCGGCAGCGGCUCCGCUGCCGGGUGCGGGAGCUGCACCAGCUCCUGGAGGAGCAGGAGCGGCUCCUGCUGGGCCGGCUGGCCGAGCUGGAGCGGGACAUCGUGCGGAGGCAGGAGGAGAACAUCAGCAGCCUCUCGGAGCAGAUCUCCUCCCUGGGCCAGCAGGUCCAGGAGCUGGAGGACAAGUGCCAGCAGCCGCCCUGGGAGCUCCUGCAGGACAGCAGAGACAUCCUCCGCAGGCUGGAGAAACAGAAUGACCCGGAGCCGGUGGAGACUCCCCCGGAGCUGGCAGAGGAACCCACGGAGCUGCCCCAGAAAAACUUCAGGCUCAAGGAGAUGCUGAAGAAAUUCCAAGUGAGCCUGACGCUGGAUCCGGACACGGCGCACCCGCGGCUCGCCCUGUCCGAGGACGGGAAGCGAGUCCGCUGGGAGGACACCCGCAGGAACAUCCCCGACCACCCCAAACGCUUCGACUCCUCCCGCUGCGUCCUGGGCCGCGAGGGCUUCGGCUCCGGCCGCCACUUCUGGGAGGUGCGGGUGGCCCACGGGGCCGCCUGGGCCGUCGGGGUGGCCAAGGAGUCGGUGCCCAGGAAGGGCCGGAUCAGCGUCAAGCCCGAGGUGGGGAUCUGGGCCGUGGGGCAGUGCGGGAGCCAGUGCCAGGCUCUCACGUCCCCCGCCGUCCCCAUCUCCCUGCCCGAAGCCCCCGAGGUGGUCGGGGUCUACCUGGACUACGAGGCCGGGCGAGUGGCGUUCUUCGACUCGCAGAGGGAGGUGCCGAUGUUCGCGUACCCUCCCGCGUCCUUCGGAGGGGAGCGGCUGCUGCCCCUGCUCUGCCUGGGCAGGGGCUGCCAGUUCACGCUGUCCCCCUGA